AUGGCCAUAAAAAUGGUGCGCGUGUAUUUGACGAAGAAUGUUGGGCGAAUUUGGAAAGUAAACGGAUGGAAAAUUAUGGCCGCUCCAAACCAAUUGCCGAAAAAGCAGCAUGGAAUUAUUGGAAUACUUUACCAGAAGCUUCAAGGUUUCAAUUAACAGUGCUGAACCCAACAUUUGUUACUGGCCCAGUACUUUCCGACCAGGACCAUGGGAGCGCAACGUUCUACUGCUAUGGCGCACUAAAGCGGUUUCAUCUUACACGAGAGAAAGCGAUCGAUGUUCGGCUUGUGGCACCAAAACACACUUCAGUGCAUGGAUAUACCGUAUUCAUGCUAGUGACUCUGAAUCGACUGUUUCUCUACCGUGGCAAGUACUCGAGCCUACUAGAGCGAUCCAAAGUAAGUCGCUGUGAGUACGAAUCAUUAAGUUGAAA